CUCUCUGUCUCGCACUCUAGAAUCCUAAAUUUCAGGAGCCUGUAACUCUGGACUUCCUGGACGCUGAGCUGGAGGAUGAGAUUAAAGUAGAGAUAAGAACGAACAUGAUUAAUGGAGAAACCGGCCACCGCACCGUACACACACUAGUGAAGUCCCAGGAUGAGCGGUACAUAGACCGAAGCGAAAGAUCGUACACAUAUGCCCCUGUAAAGGGUACAGAUUACAGUCUAGCCUUGGUCCUUCCAGUGUACAGCCUGCAUUACAUCCACACUACUAUCGGAGACACCAUCACCCAGGCCAAAUUCUCUGAAAGCCUGCAGGAAGACAAGUUUGAGGAGUAUGGAUACACUCUCAUUGCACCAAGGGAGUAUUGUAAGGAUCUGAAGCCGUCUAAAAACAAUACAGAGUUCCUGAUGGACUUCAACGAGUACAUUGACAGGAAGACUCCCAACAACCCACUGUGCAACGUGGAUCUGGUGAACAGAUUGUUGCUGGACGCUGGGAUCACGUCAGACCUCGUCAAGCAGUGGAGAGAUCAGAUGCCAAAUGGAGUCCUGGCCAGGUUUGUGGCCACUGAUGGAGGAAUCACUCGCAUUUAUCCCAAGAGUGCUGGACUAGACUGGACAGAGGACCCAGAGACGUACGAGUCAAGCUUCUAUAAGAGAAGUCUGGACAAUGACAUCUACAUCUUCACACCAACACCCUACCAGGAGGACACCAACAUGACUGAGGACUCAGUCCUGGUGAGCAGAGCAGUGAACCUGGACAUUGAUGGAGUCAGACUCAAACCAGCAGGUAAGGACUCUACACACCAGGGUCAUCUUUAAUUGGGCACACAACAG